GAAAACCCAAAACAUAUAAUUGGGUCAUUACAGAUAGUUUGAUCGAAUAAUAUUGCAUUUAAAAUAUUCAUUAUUUUAUAUAGGCUGAUUACAACAAGGUUCAACUUGCGGAGAUAAUGAAAGUGACCAAGAAGUGCUACAAUCAGCUUAACAUCUCCUACGAGUCAGAUUUGGUAGAACGGGUCAUCUACAAUAGGAAUUUUUCGGAUGAUCCUACAACCAAGGAAUUUAUCAACUGUCUACUGGUUGAAUUUAACGUAUGGGAAUCCGAUGGCGUCAUCAAUCGCGAUGUGGUAGUGAAUUUUAUGGCACAGCAGUACGAUCCGGUGAAGGUGCGAUCCAUACUGAAUAAGUGCUUCCGUCCAACAGGUGCCACCCAGGAAGACAAAGCGUACAACUAUAUCCGCUGUUUCUUCGAUCACUUGACGUUUGAACUUUGAAUGUCCGUUUGAUGAAGCAUGUUACAGAAACAAAUAAAUAAAACUUCCAACCAUAUACACAAACAUUUUUUAAACGCUUAAUCCUAAGAACUUGCAAUCAACUGAAUUCAUUCAGUUAUAUUAUUUAGUGAAAUAUUUAAAAGAAGAAACCUAAUUGGAACUUCU